GACGAACAACACUACAACAAGUGACAUGAUCCCAAAUUCCAAGUCACAAUGCUUUGAAACCCAAAACUUUACGAAUCCAUGCCCUAACUCUGCCCUAAAAGUGAAAUCAUCCUCCACUGGCGCAGAACACUGUCGUGGUGGCAAUGUCGUCGAACGGCGCAGAGCUUCCCCAGGAGCUGCUAAUUGACAUACUCUCUCGACUGCCGGCAAAGUCUCUCUGCCGAUUCAAAUGCGUAUCGAAGCCAUGGCUUACACUAAUCUCAGACCCCCAUUUUGCCCAAACACACCUUAAUCGAAACAAACCACAGAGAGUCAUUCUCUUAUCCGACUACCUUUACUCCGUCGACUGUGAUGAAACCUCUGAUAGCGCCUCUGUAAUGGCAACGAAGCUUGAUUUCCCACCGAUUGAUUACCCGAACGAGUUGAUCGACAUUUUGGGUUCUUGGAACGGUUUGAUUUUAAUCGCCAACGAAGAAAACGCCAAGUUUUUGUUGAAUCCAACAACUAGAGAGUCCAAGAAGUUACCCAAAUCCCCUUUUGCCCUUGAUCCAUUUUCCAGUUACACCAUGUAUGGACUUGGGUACGAUUCGUCUACAGAUGAUUACAAGGUUUUAAGUGUUGCUUACAAUGCUAGAGAUGAGGAUGACGAUGAUGAAGAAGAAAAAGAAUGCGCUGAUACAUUUGUAAGUGUGUUUUCACUCAAAACCGGUGCUUGGAGGAGGAUUCAAGAUGUUCCCUAUGAUCAUUCUUCUCUAGAGCCUUACUCGUUGGUUCUUGUAAAUGGGUCUAUACAUUGGUUAACUUGUAGGUCUUCCGAUUAUUCUUCUGUAAUUGCUGCUUUUGAUGUAGCAGAGGAGAAAUUCCGUGAUGUGCCGGCACCUAGCUCAAUUGACAACAACCGGUUGGUCUUACAUGGAUUGGGAGUUUUUGGAGAGUUUCUCUGUGUGCUUGUAUGUUGUAAUAGUAACAAAACUGAUGUUUGGGCGAUGAAGGAGUAUGGGGUUACUGAGUCUUGGACCAAAUUUACUACAAUCUGUAAACCUUAUAUGCACAUGAUGGAACCCUUAUGUUUUUAGGUGGAUGAGGAAGUUCUAUUGGAAAUGGAUGGAAAGAAAUUGGUUGCAUUCAAUGCCAAAGAGAGAACAUCAAGAGAUAUAGUGGUGCGUGGCAUUCCUAGGACGUUCAGAGCAGGGAAGACCUAUGUGGAGAGCCUUGUUUCACCCUGUUUCAACUCUGGGAUUGAGAGAAAAUUUAAAGGGAGUCGAAACUUGAAGAAUUGUCAACUAAAUAGGGUUUUUGAAUCAAUGACUGAACUCUGUAGAACCAGGACAGAACAAUUAGUGGCAGAAGCAAAAAGAAAUGAUUUGGCUUCAAGUUCGAGCUCAAGGAGCAUUGAGGCUUCCAAUUUUAUCACCGACCAUUUCUCCCAAUCAGAUUUCUUGGAUUUCCUCAAGUCCACUGGGAUUCUAGAAAGACCAAUUUACGAGAAGGCCUUAAAGAUGUUCCAGGAUCCAUACUGGAGGGAGAAAUUCAUCAGUAUGCUUGACGAAGGUAAAAGGUUUUAGUUGCGGAACCUUAAGUGAUAGCUUUGGUUUUACCAUGUAGAAGUUUUGUCAUGGUCAGUUAGUGAGAAUAGCUGCUUUGUUUGAUGAUGACAUGAUUUCGUAUUGCUUUUCAUGUUAUGUUUAGUAAUAGUUGGACUGAAUUGUAACUGUUUCCCAUUCGAAUCCUUUUUUAAUAUAUAAAAGGAAUAUAUUUUGGUCGUUGUUUA